AUGGUUCAGCAAAUGAUUUCAACAUCCCUCACGACUACUGCUGCUGGUGGUGGUGGUGGUGGUGGUGGUGGAAACACGAGUCAGCAACCUGUGGAAACGAGAGUGUCCUCCGGAUCAGCCAAGUCCUCUUCUUCAAGUCGAAAUGCGCAGCAGCCCGACAAGCAACUCUCACAGAUUGAAAAGAGCGUUACCCACCUUCUCGUCGCGACAAAGCAGUUAUUAGAGACCCUCACACAAUGGUCACGACAACGUGCGACGGAGAGCGAGGUUUCGGACGUUUAUGUCCGUUUGGGAUACGAGUUCAACUUGGCCUGCAGGGCUUUUGGAGCUAUUGGCGUCGACACAGCAGACUUGGGCCCCGUGCCCGAUCUCCUCCGGACCAUUUUGGAAGACACCCUUAGUCAAGAUGCAUCUCCAGAGAGCCUCGAUCGGUAUCUACCGCGCAUACGGGAUAUCAUUAUCAAUUUACUCCAGGGUCUCAAGAAAAAACAGGCUAAGUUGCGGUCGAGGCAGAUGAAAGAUGGAUUGCCCGCGACAACACGACAUGGCAGUGCUGGCAGCGUGGGAAGCGGGGACAAUAGUCUAAAUCAGAUCGCAGAUGAAGCUCCAUCGUUACCGCAGUCCGCGCCGAAACGACAACAAGAGGUAUCUCGCCAAGCUAAUACAAUGACAAGCUAUGGAGAUACGGGAUUUACCAGAAAUAACUCUUCUGCCACCUGGUCUAAUGACCGCCAUGGACCAUCUUUUGCCGAAAGGGAAGCGACGAAGAGAGACCAGUCAAAGUCAGGUGUUUCUUCGAAUUCGUCACUAUCAAGUAAUGCUAUGCAGAAUAUUCCAGUUGUGUCCCCAUACCCUGACCAAAGCAUGAACGGAUCUCGCUACGGCAAUGCUUCCAAUUUCUCAGCGCAUAACUUCCCUCAUCCCCCGCCUCCCACGCCUCCAAGCUCUAAACAAGACGACGCCAUUGGGAUGCUACAAAGAAGUGGUGAACUGGAACGACGAGCGUCGAGGAGAUUCUCUGCCUAUCAAAUACAAAAACACCUUGGUCCAUCUCCUAAUGGUGUUCCAGUUAUUCCUCCUUCGCAGAAUUCCCCGGUUCCGAAUCGAGGCCGCGAUGUUCGCGAAUCAAUGAAUGCAGUGCGCCUCCGUGGAUCAUAUCUUCACAACAGGCAGCGCUCAAAUAAUCGGACUGUCGAAUCGUCCCCUGGCCAAACCAAUUCACCCGAGCGCAGGGGACCAGCGAAGAAACCUCACGUCGACACGUCAGUGGGAUCGACUGAAGACGAUGGUCCGCUGCCGAAAACCUCAACUGACAAGCUUGGCUCCCCGCGCCGGUUUGAGUCGAGAGAUAUGCCACCUGCUAGUGGCUCUCUGCCCGCUCUGCCCCAUAUUUCAGAGCGGGAUUCGGGUUCAGAGACAUUCGAGAGCUCGUCGAAAAAGGGCACGGAACAGCAAUCUUCACCCGCGAACGGGACCCAACAUGCUAAAACCUCAUCUACGAGCUCUGACAACUCGCAAGUUAGCCAGUUUACUCCAGAGUCAUCCCCCCCUCCAACCAAAGAAAUAACACUCUUCUUACAGUACAGAAGUAAGAUUAAGAAAUACGUCUUGUCAGAGGGCUAUUCUGAGUUAACUCUUGGCCGAUUACAAUUGGCGUUUAUCGAAAAAUUCGCAUGGAAUACCCAUAACAAUGGUACAGAUUUGCCGGAGAUUUAUCUCCAGGAUCCUGUCUCUGGCGUUCGGCAUGAACUGGAAGAUCUGAACGACGUAAAAGAUCGAUCAGUCCUCGUGUUGAAUGUUGAGCCACUUGACGAGGUGAAGAAGCACUUCGACGAUGGAGUCGGGGGUCUCCGUCGUUUGAUAGAAGGCGUCCGUGAAAUUGUUGAUGGACAGGGAGCGUCUAUCCAACGGUUAACUGACCGUCAAUUAGAAGCUUCGAAAGAAAUUUCUCGCCUUGCUGCAGCCCCGCCUCCGGUAGAUGCAUCCAAAUCUAUCGUUACAUCCAAAGGUCCAAUUGCAGGUGGCGGAAACCAUAUUUCAGAACUUCAGGGUAUUCGUCGUGAUCUUGCCGUGCUACGUCAGACUUAUACGAGUUUCGCGACAGAUGUAUCAAACUCUAUGGGCUCCAUCCGAUCCAAGGCAGGUUCUGUAAAGCAUGCAGCGAAUGAACUGACUGUGCCGUCAUUUGAGGGUGAUGCAGGCCGUGCUCGCGUGAAUGCAGGGAAGAAAGAGCUUGCUGACGAAUCUGAAAGGAUCGUCGCUCGUGUCGACGAUCUUCAAGAUCUCGUUGAGGAUCUUCGGAAGGAUGUUGUCACUCGUGGUGUCCGGCCCCUACCAAGACAAUUGGAAGCUGUAGGCCGGGAUAUCGGUGCAGUAUCGAAGGAAUUGAACAAGAUGAAGGAAUUCCUUAAACGAGAAAAACCAAUAUGGACUAAGAUAUGGGAGAAGGAGUUACAGCUUGUGUGUGAGGAGAGAGAUCAACUCACAAUGCAAGAAGAUCUAGUGAUUGACCUUGAGGACGAUCUCGACAAGGCAACCCAGACAUUUGCCCUUGUGGAGCAGGCCACGAAACAACAGUCUCUCCACUCCGCUUCGAACGCGACCCCUGGACCCAACGGGUUGAGAAACGUAUCCCGCAAUUUCCCAGUCGAUGAGCCGUUUGACCCCAUGAAAGCCAAGGACCACCUCCUAGGAGAAGAGAUCGAACGGAUGCGGAAGGCAAAAGAUGAGCGGAUACGCAAGGAUGUAUGGGAGCGCAUGAAUGGUAUUGUCCCUGGACCGGAACAGAACACCGCGACGACAACCGCAGCAGCAGCAAGCCUUCCUUCCCCUGAUGACAACCUGCCUGAGGAGAUUUCCAAGUCACCUGAAACGGCGGGAUCAGGGGAAGAGCGUGCCAACUCAUCAUCAACUGGAGAAGGAAUCGCCUGCCGUGAUUCUAUUUCUAGCCGUGGCAGUCCCCUUUCCCCUGCAAAAGAUGAGCUUGCAAAAACACAAUCUUCUCCAACUGCUCCUGUUUCCGAACGCAAACGCUCAUCAUGGCUCACGUCCAUAUUCACCAACUAA